UGAACCGGGGGGCGGGGAGGGGGGCAUUCUUCCGCACGGCGGAUGUUCCUGCAUCAUGAAUGGGUGGCCCGGGCUGAGGACGGACUGUGAGGCGUUGCUUACUCGGUUCCAGCAAGCCGAGAGUGUCCGCUUCGAAGAUUUCGCCUUGCUCUGGAGGCAGAACCGUUUCGACACCAUUUUUUAUGGUAAAAUAAGGACUCCAGAGCAAAUCAAGUUCACUAAAGAAGCUUUAGCCCUGGUAUGGCCCUACUUUUUGCCUCCUUACACUUUCCAGAUCCGAGUUGGUGCUCUUUAUCUUCUGUAUGGUUUGUACAACACACAACUGUGUCAACCAAAAGAAAAGAUUAGGGUUGCACUUAAAGAUUGGGCUGAAGUCAGUAAAUUCAAGCAGGAACUUUUAGAUGCACAGCACUAUGAUGCAGCAUAUAUCUUCAGGAAACUUCGGAUGGACAAAGCAUUCUAUUUCACAGCAAUGCCAAAAUUUCUUUCAUUUAGGACUAAAAAGAACAUGCAUGCAAAUACUGAGAUGAAGAGGGAAUUCAGAGAUCCUACUGAUCGUGUUGCCAUGCUUUGCCAUGAAAAUUUCUUGGAGGAAACAAAAAAUAUUCAUGAGCACUACAAAAGAAUGAAAUGUCUGAUCUCUAUGGAUCAAAGUCAGCCGGAUAAGGCUAUCAGUUUGAUUAAAGAUGACUUCGCAGCCAAGUUCCAAGAUAUCAUUCUGGAUUAUCAGCAGUGGCAGAAAAAGAAAAUGGAAUCCCCCUUAUCUACUGUGGGUGACGAAAUGAGGAACAGAAAAGAAGGUUGUUCCCAAGAGUCUGAAGGAUCUGACAGAGCUAAAACGUUAGCUGAAAUCAAAUCCAGAUCAUAUUCUGCAGUUGCUCAUGCUACAAAGUCCUGGCGACAUCGCCAGGUUAAGCUGGAAUCUUCUGAAUUGGGAUCAAAUCGUGGGAAAACCAGAUUGCCUAAGGAUAGAAGGAUCAGGAAAUGUUUACCAACACCAAAGAAGUCAGAACGUCUGCAAAAGAGAGGAACUUUACUACCAACAGCACAGGAAAAUAUUAAGAGACUGAAUAUGCCCGUGAUUGGAGAUGAUGAUGAUGAAGAAGAAGAUGAUCACUCAAGUGAUGAGGAUUUCAUACCUACCAAGAGGAAAAAGGCUCAUUAAGAAUGCAUCUUAAGGGAAAUGGUGAUACAUAAAUCAUCUGUGUGAAUAAGCCAUAUUUUCCAGCCAGGGAUGAAGCAGUCUGAGUGACCCAAUGCUAUGUUGUGAACUGGACACUUGUUAAGAAAGCAUAGAAGCAGAAAAGACAUGCUAUAAAUUCUGACAAGCAUUACAUAUGAUUUACUUCAUAUAUUAUAAUGGAUUCUUUAUUCAUACUUAAAAUAGAUUUUGGUAAAAGCUGGUUUCAUUUUUUAUACAGUAUUUAGCUACAUUAAUUAUAUGAAAGAGAAACUCUUGUUCUGGACAGUAACAGAUCUGUAAAUACAUUGCAUAUGUAUAUUUCAGCUUUUUAUGUAUUUAUAUAAUUCCUGCUUCCAUUGGUUUAUUUGUAAUUGUAAGUUAUUGUUAGAAGAACCUAGAAUGAAAUAACAUUCUGAAGAAUCGGAAGAUUUAACAUUUUUGCACUGUUCAAGGUUAUGCUUCUUUUUCUACAAAACUUUGGGGAAUGAACUAUUACGAGAUUGAAAGAUCCUUAUGUGAUACUAGAUUUGUCACAAAGGAAUGUCACAAAGGAGAAGAUAGAAAACCAAAUGCUUCCCAGGCUUAAACUUAAGGGAUGAAAUUUGCAGGCAGGCUGAAAUGUGAUGUAUUCUAAGAAGUUGAAAGAAACCGUGUUUUUUUGUCCUGGCUUGUGUUUCGAUAUUGUUUUAAAAACAGUAGUAAAAGACAAUACAAACUAAACUCAGAAAUUAAAAAUAAUAAGGAAUAAAAGUGUAAAGAAAAAGAAA